CCAACCUGAUCGCGCUGGCCGCGGGCUGCGUGCUGUGCUGGACGUCGCCGUCGCUGCCCAAGUUCAUGCCGGACAACUCGACGGCGCCGCCGGUCGAGAUCGCCAACGUGACGUUCAUGAGGGGCAGCGGCGUCAACGCCACCCUCGUGCCCUUCGCGCACCCCGUGCGGGAGACGACCUUCUCGCUGCUGCCGUCCGAGGCCGCGUGGGUGGGCAGCCUGACCCCGCUGGGCGCCGCCAUCGGCCCCAUCCCGGCCGGCAUCCUGGCCGACAAGCUGGGCCGCAAGCCCACCCUGCUCGGCGACUCGGUGCUGCUGCUGCUCUCCUGGGUGCUGAUCGCCGCGGCCGGCUCGGCCUCCUGGCUGUACGCCGCGCGCUUCAUCGCCGGCGUCGCCACGGGCUGCAUCUUCACCGUCCUGCCCAUGUACAUCGGAGAGAUCGCUACCGACAGCGUGCGCUCCACGCUGGGGUCGCUGAUGCAGCUCUCGCUGACGGUGGGCUUCAUGGUGCCGUUCGCCAUCGGCCCCUACGUGUCGCCCAUGUGGCUGGCCAUCGGCAGCGGCCUGGUGCCGGUCCUCUUCGCCGCAGCCUUCUUCGCCAUGCCCGAGUCUCCGUACGUGCUGCUGGCGCGCGGCGACACCCUGGAGGCCUCCGACGCGCUGCAGUGGCUGCGCGGCCAAGACCGCAAGGGCAUCAUCGGCGAGAUGCGCAAGCUGGAGGAGGAGACGCAGGAGGCGCUGGCCAAGAAGAAACCCCUGGUCCAGUCUUUCUUCCAGAUCUUUGCCACCCGCGGCAACAUCAAGGCCUUUUACUUUGGCUGCGGACUCCUGUUCUUCCAGCAGUUCUCCGGCAUCAACGCCGUCCUCUUCUACGCCCAGGACAUCUUCAAGAAGACGGGCUCCAGCCUGGCCCCUGAGAUCUGCACCAUCAUCAUCGGCUUGGUGCAGAUUGCGGCCUCGGCCGGCACCCUGGCGCUGACGGCGCGUUUCAGCAUGAAAGCCCUCCUCAUCUUCUCUGGAUUCGGCAUGGCCGCGGCACACGCUGCUCUCGGAUACUUCUUCCAUUUACUCGGAACGGGUCAGGAUAUAUCCGCCGUAGGAGCACUUCCCGUCGGCUCCCUUGUGUUCUACAUCAUCGUGUAUUGCUUCGGCUUUGGCCCACUGCCCUGGGCCGUCAUGGGCGAAGUGUUCGCCCCGGACGUCAAGGCCAUCUCGUCCUCGGUCUGCGCGUCCUUCUGCUGGCUGCUCGGCUUCCUCAUCACCCUCUUCUUCGCGCAGGUCGAGCACGCCAUUGGGGGUGACAUGACCUUCUGGGCUCUGGCCGCAUUCUGCGUGCUAGCCUCUCUCUUCACCUUCCUAUUGCCUAACACACGAGGGAAGUCGCUGCAGGAGAUCCAGGACAUGCUUAACGGACGCUGAGCAGCAGAAAAAAAAAAGACUCACUGCUUAUUUAAUCGCAGGAGGAGAUAAUGUGCGCAUACGUAAAUAUUUUCAUAUUUCUUUAAAACUUAAGGGGUAUUUGCCUCUCUUAGCCCUGUGAAAUAGUCCUAUACAUGAUAUGGCAAUUUUUGUAUCAUUCUCAUCUGUCCGUUAAAAGCUGAGUUUUUGCUGUCGAGAAAUUGUCUGUGAUAGAUUUAUGACAGGCUAUUGUUCUUUUUACACUGUUACACACUUUUAAAUGUGUAGAUUGCCCUUAUAUUAAUGUAUUAUAAUGUAUGUAUGAUGUACCUAUGUAAGUGAAUGUAUGCUAUGUAUGUUUCUGUGAUUGAUUUUUAUGUGCUCAAUUUGCACAAAAAUGCUUUGUGCUUUAGGGACCAAAUUGACUAGCAUUGUAAGAGAUAUAUAAUGGUAAGAACUCUUCCAGUGUGAUCCUAGUCAUCUAUCUCAUUGUCACAAUAUUAUGGUACUGAUUUCAUUCCACAGUGGUCACAACCACUCGUCAUUUAAAUGACAACAUGCAGUAUUGGCUUUAGCGGAUAGCUUGGUAUCUUAGUGUAAUCGCGGUUGAGAUCAAAAAGCAGCGGGUCACAGCGCACCCAACCUAGGGUUCUCAUUCCAGUAUUACUGUCAGCCAAUCUAAAAGAAGCAUCGUCCUUUCUUACCCUUUGACAUAAAUUUUGACCAGUGUUGAUGAUUCCUUCUUACAACAUGGCAGUAUCCUUUCCGCAGCAAGGACUUCAGUCAAUUACAAGACUUGAUGGUGUGAUUAUCUUACUAGAUUUUAUUUAUUGUUCCAUUAGCUCAGCUAAUUGAAUGUGGUUCAAUGAAAUCUUUUGGGGUAAAUUAUGACACAAACUUUUUGGUGGGCUUCAUAUUAUUCUAUUGGAACUGGUGUGAAAUGUAUCCAUAAACAGGCAUUUAAUUUAUCAAGCUGUUGGUGAGUAGAUUGUAAGUGUGAUGUCAGUAAAAAUAAACUGAAAAUGAUAA